UUAUUAUACCUUAUUACCGUGCUGUAACCUCACUUUCAUUUUCACGUGGUUAUGGCUUUAUUAUCGUGAAAUAUUGUGUUCAGUUAGUAGGAAUUUCCAAGUGUUAAGUUUUUAUAGAGUUAGUUGUGAUUAAAUUGUUUUUCGAUCACAUUUACUUAGCAAAGUACAAGUGAUUUACACUGUAAAGUGUAAAAACGUCUACAAACUACAAUCAAACCUAGCCUGCCGUUGCUCUUUGUAUUAUAUUAAUGUUUUUCUUGAAACAUAAGUUAACUUUUUAUAUGUUUAGAUUAUAGAACUUAUAAUAUUUUCGUUUCAGAAAUAAAUAGUGCUUUUCAGUAUAAUCUACAAUGGUUAAAGUGAAAACUAAUGGCAAAAGCCUUUCAUGGAAGCCAGUAGAGAUUGACGGCAGUCUUUUCACUGAGGGUGGUUGUGAGGGACUUGUCGGAAUAGAGGAGUUGACUGACUAUGAAUUAACCGAAGAUAAUGAAGUGAUCGAUAAAAGUUCAAACCUCAAACAGAAGAAGGUUAAAAAAGGUAAAAUAGACAAGAAAAAGAAAAUCAAAGUCAAAUCUAAGAACAUUGUCAUAGGCUCAAAUACAUUUACAGUAACACACAGUGAAGAUAAUGAUGAGAUGGAAAGCGUAGAAAUCUUGAGCGAGUCGAAAGAUACUUCAAAAACUUUUCCUGAAGAAAGCUUUUACCCUUGGUCUAAUAUUCAUGUUCCAAAAGUUAUUGCUAAAUCGUUAUUGGAAGAAGGAUUUUGUGAGCCGACUGAGAUCCAGUUGAAUUGUAUUCCUCCAGCUCUAAAAGGCCGCAAAGAUAUUCUGGGAGCUGCGGAAACUGGUAGUGGCAAAACUCUCGCCUUUGGAAUCCCAAUAUUGUACGGCAUAAUCAAGCAGAAGGAGAAGGAACAAAAUCAAGAUGACAUUGAAAUGGACGAGGAAGAGGAAGAAGAAGAAGAAGAGGAGGUGAUUGACGAAUCGACGAACGGUCUGGGGUGUGUGAAAGUGAUGAACCUGGGUGCUGAUGCAGCCAGUGGUGCCAAAGGCUUGUGCCAGUGUAGACCUCUCGCUCUGGUGCUAACUCCCACCCGAGAGUUGGCAAUGCAGAUUAACAAGCAUCUUUUGGUGGCGGCUAGGUAUACUGGCAUCAAGGUUGCAGUUUUGGUGGGUGGUAUGUCAGUUGAGAAGCAGAGGCGCCUCCUGCGGCGAUUGCCGGAAAUAGUGGUUGCUACUCCGGGCCGCCUCUGGGAUCUGGUCACAAAUGGCGAAAUUGGCGUCAACAAUGUCAGGUUCCUGGCAAUAGACGAGGCCGACCGUAUGACAGAAGUGAAUCACUUUCCUGAGCUACGAUCUCUGCUUGAGUUGAUCAACUCUGACGAGGCCAUCUGUAAACAGAGACAGAACUUCAUCUUUUCGGCCACUCUCACCCUCGUGCAUGAACUGCCUAAACAUGUCAAAAAGAAGCUUGAAAAGAAGAAGAAGAAAAACAAAACUGGAACAGAAGGCAAACUGGACAAAUUGGUGGAACUAGUCGGCGCUAAAUCGGCCAAGGUGGUAGACCUAACGCGACGCGAAGCAGUUGCGCAGACGUUGACCGAAACGCGAGUGCACUGCGCAUCUGCCGAGGACAAGGAUGCGCAGUUGUAUCUUUUUUUGAAGCGAAAUCCUGCGCGAACUCUGGUCUUUUGCAACAGUAUAGGAUGUGUGAAGCGACUCGCUUCGUUGUUGACGAUUCUCCGAGUGAAACCGCUGCCACUACAUGCCAGCAUGCCGCAGAGACAACGACUCAAGAAUUUGGACAGGUUCAGAGAACAGCCUGACGCCGUCCUGCUAGCAACUGACGUGGCGGCACGUGGCCUGGACAUCUCGCACGUGUCACACGUGGCUCACUUCCAAGUGCCACGCACGGCCGAGGCCUACGUGCAUCGCAGCGGGAGAACGGCACGUGCCAAGCAGCAAGGACUCACCGUUCUAUUCAUGGAGCCACACGAGAUGGACGCCUAUAGGAAGCUGUGUAGGACGUUGGGGCGUGCUGAGAAAGAUAUUGAGGAGUUGCCAGUUGAGAGGGAUCUGUUGGUAGCGAUCAAAGAUCGCAUCAAGUUGGCGCGUGAGGUGGAGCGACUGGAGAUGCGCUCCAAACGAGACCAAGCCAAACGAGGCUGGCUGCAAAAGGCCGCCACAGACAUGGAUCUCAUUGUCGACGAGGAGGAGUGGAGAAGUCAGGACGAGGGCGAUUCGCCAGUGUUGCAGCGGACUCUGGCUGAAAAACGGAAGCGAUUAGCUGAGAUGCUCAAAACUGCCAUCCGUCCGCGUCUAUCCAAUAUGCGAUAUCCGUUGUUAAGUUAAGUUUCCAUGCACAAUAACCAAUGGCCAGUUACACGUACUUUUGUUAAAUAUGGACAUUAACGCCGAUUAACAAACCGGCGUUAGUUUUACUGAUUCAUUUCUGUUCCACAAUGAUCGGUUAGUUUUUAAUCCCGGAUAAGUUUUCCGGUUAACUAAUUAACCCCCAGUUGCACGUACAUCUGUUAAAUACGGACAUUAACGCCGACUGACAAACCGGCGUUAGUUUUACGGAUUCAU